UUUGUAAACGGUGUUCGUGGUCCAAAAACGUGGUUUUAUAUACUUCCGGAUGCAAUAAGACUGGAAGGUUUAUGUGUUGCGGUGACAGUAAAGCAUGCGCAAAACGAUUUGGUUAUUGUUGAUGACUUCGAAAGUUUACCGAAAGGUGAUGCACAAUUCAUGCACGAUCUGGCCGACAUCAGAAAUUGGGGUUAUUCGGUGCUCUUCGUUCACGACAGCUCCGAGGUCCCAGAAAAUUUGGCACAAGCAUGCGAACAGAUUCCAUCAUUCAACGUGAUGCCUGUCUACGGGCUCAACUGUUUCAGUCUCAUCAAGCACGACACAGUGGUUUUCUCACUGCCAGCACUAAAUCUCUUCCAAUCCAGAAUUUUGUAUCACAAAAACCGAGCUACCAGCUUGCAGAGGAAGUAUCGUUAUGCGGAUUAUAAGAGGACCAUUUUAUGCGAAGCUGAAAAAGAAGUUGACCCAAUACAUGUGCCAUUCAUUUAG